AUGACCUCCUGCAUCUUAGCGGGGAGCAUUGAGACCACACCCAAGGUCUCUCCUGGAGAUUCUGAAGCCAAACCUCUGAUCUUCACAUUUGUCCCCACUCUCAGAAGACUACCAACCCACAUUCAGUUGGCUGACACUUCUAAAUUCCUUGUUAAAAUUCCCGAGGAACCAACUGAUAAGAGUCCAGAAACUGUAAAUAGGUUUGAGUACAGUGAUCAUAUGACCUUCAGCUGUGAGAGCAAACAGGAGAGGGACCAGAGGAUACUGGAUUAUCCCUCAGAGGUCAGUGGGAGGAAUACACAACGAAAGGAAAUCAAUACAAAGGAACCUCAAGGAAUGCAGAAAGGUGAUCUCUUCAAAGCAGAGUAUGUUUUUAUUGUGGAUUCUGAUGGGGAAGAUGAAGCUACAUGCAGGCAAGGUGAACAAGGCCCCUCAGGGGGAACAGGCAACGUAGCUACUCGGCCCAAGUCUCUGGCUAUUUCUUCUAGUCUGGCUUCUGAUGUGGUGCGUCCCAAAGUACGAGGGGCUGAUCUCAAGACCUCAUCACAUCCUGAAAUUCCUCAUGGGAUAGCCCCUCAGCAAAAGCACGGGCAGAAAACGCCACCUGUCCCAGCUAACGUCAGCGGAGCCACUGUGCUAGAGGAGUUUCACACUUGCAGGCUGCGCAGGCUGGAUGCCACCGGGGCCUCUGAAGAAGAAACAGCUACGUAUUUUCACACUACUGCUCACGAUUCCCCCCUUUCUGCAUGGAAGGGCGCUUCGACAUUAGUAUUUUCUCCUUCCGCUCAACUGCCAGGUUCUAGUGUCUGUGGCUCAAAUGUCGCUGAUCACACACGUGGGCUGGUGCCGGAAGCACAGAAGAAAAUGUCGACUUCGAGUGCCCUUAAUCCCAGGGAAGAUGUGAGAACCUCUCCUUCACCUGCCUCUGGUGCUUCUCUGAUGUCACCCUCAGCUUCCUACAUACCAGUCCGCAUUGUCAUGCACUCGCUGUCCCCAAGUCCCAAACCACUUACCCCCUCUUCCCAUGGCUCUUUGUCCACUGUCUGUAGCCAAAUGUCAUCCAGUGGAAAUCUUUCAAAGUCAGGGCUGAAGUCCCCAGUACCCUCUCGGCUUUCUCUCCUCACUGCUAUCCUCAAGUCAAACCCUUCUCACCAAAGGCCUUUAUCUCCUGCAUCCUGCCCCACCUUCUCCCUCAAUUCCCUGGCUUCUUCCACUCUUACACUUGAUCAAAAAGCAAAGCAAACUCCACCCACACCUAAGAAAUCUCUCUCAAGUUGCUCCUUGGCAGCUGGAUCGACAGAGCAAGAACCCCAGGCUUCUGCAGAGAGCCAUCAACCCCGCCACCUCCCUUUCUUUUCCAAGACUACCCCACUUUCUCAGGCACACCCGCUCUCUCCCCCAGCACUGGCGAGUAGCAGUUAUGCAUCUAUGGAUGUAGAGAAGAUAACAGGAAGCCCUCUGAGGAGCAAUGCAACUCCACCCCAAUUGCAGACUGAUACAUUCAGUCUUGCUGAUGUUCCUUCUGUCACACCAGGCUUGUCCCCUCUUUCUUCUUCCAAGGGCAGAAAGGAUGGUGACCUCAGGGCUCCAGAAAAGAACAGGAAUAUUUGUAUACACCCUUCUACCUUAUCUUCCACACCACUUGAUGAGAGCUCGGCCCUUUCCUCUUCAGGGAAAUGUUUUCACCCUUCCCCGGCCCUCUCAGACCUGAUAGACAGAUCCAGAAGAUCUUGCUCCCAACACCAACCAGGCCAGCAGCCAAGCCCUUCAGCUUUUCCUACUCCUCCAGUCUCCAGGGCUUCCUCUGUUUCUCAUCCCCAUUUGGGGUGCUCCAUAAUCCCUUCGGAGAGUUCACUCACCCAGGCUCUUCAACCUAGUCCUUCAGCACUGCGCCCGAGUUGUAGGAGUGCUACAUGUCCUUCAAGAACUGGGCUGCCUGAAAAUACAGCAUCCAACCACAGCUCACGUGUUUUAACUCCAUCACUUCCUGUCUCUCUAAUGAGAACCAAGGAGCUGCUCUCACCUUGUGCCCUGUCCAUGUCAACAGGCCCUGAAAACAAGAAGCCCAAGCAAUACAAGACCAUGCCAAGCUACAAGGCUUUUGCAGCAAUCCCCACAAACACAUUACUCUUGGAACAGAAGGCACUAGAUGAACCAGCCAGGACUGAAAGCAACUCCAAGGCCAGCGUGUUAGACCUACCAGUAGAGCAUUCUUCCGAUUCUCCUUCACGGCCCUCACAGACAAUGUUGGGUUCUGAAACAAUCAAAACUCCUACAACUCAUCCAAGAGCAGCUGGCCGAGAAACCAAAUAUGCAAAUCUUUCAUCACCAUCUUCCACAGCAUCUGAGAGUCAACUGACUAAGCCCGGAGUAAUUCGUCCAGUCCCUAUAAAAUCCAGACUAUUACUGAAAAAGGAAGAAGAAGUUUAUGAACCCAAUCCAUUCAGUAAAUACCUUGAAGACAACAGUGGCCUGUUUUCUGAACAGUAACGAAGCUGAGUGGAAGUGGAAACCUGGAAGUCUGCUGAACAGUUUGGAAUGCCAUCGCUAGCUACCUGCUAGGCUUAACUCAUGCUUUUUCAGGAGUGAAGUUGAUGAUCUCAGCUCAGCAGAAGCACCUGGAAAGUUUGCAGCCGUCAUACAGCAUUACCACACUUUACAAAAUCCAGAGCAGUAUUAUAGCCCUCUAGUUUGUCGCAGUGCCGUCCAAGCCUAUAAUGCCUUCUAUUCAGUCGACAGCAAUACUAAUGUUCCCCUAUAUUUAGCAGUCAAAUAAAGAAGA